GCCUUGUUCGCAUACAGUGUAUCCCGUUAUAUUCUCCGUCAUGUGCCAACAGGGACAGUCACGGAGUUUAGAAUGAUACCCACACACGCAUAUUGUAUUGCGAUCCUGCCGACCAUGUUGAGAGUGGCAUUGCAAGCUGAGCUUCCCGCCAGAGAACUUGAGCUAUUGUCCUAUAGGCUGAUUGACCGAGCUUGCGAGACAAAGGGGUCAGAUUUUCUUUUCUGCAGAGAAAUCGUCACCCCGUGGGAAAUGGCCAACAUCGGAUCCGGCCAUUCGGCAAAAGCAGCCUAGUCGUGGUCUAUGCCUGUUGCUUCUUUCGAUGACAAAGUGGUCUGUGAAG